AUGACCCUUCCUAGCCCUCCGCUGUCCUUCGGUAAAGGCAAAUCGGUUCUCAUCUCCGGGGGCAGUAUAUCCGGUCCCUCCACCGCGUGGUGGCUCAACAGGUACGGCUUCGAGACGACCAUUGUCGAGCGGUGGCAUGAGCCUCGGGGCGGUGGACAGAAUAUCGACGUGCGGGGAGUCGGCCGCGAGAUCAUUACCAAGAUGGGCCUAUUGGACGCGGUCAAGUCCCGGAACACCACCGCGAAAGGUCUACAGAUCGUCCGCGAAGACGGCUCGAAGAUUGCCGCUUUCCCUACCUCGGCCAAUGGCCCUUUUACUGAGCUCGAGAUACUGCGAGGAGACUUCGCGCAGGUGCUGUAUAAUGCCACGAAGGAGAGCACCCGAUACCUGUUUGGAGACUGCAUUGUCGGGAUCGAUGAUGAGGAGAAUGGAACGGGUGACAAGCAGGGCAAGGCCUCAGUGACUUUCCAGAGUGGCCGGGUAGAGGACUUCGAUAUUGUCGUCGUGGCGGACGGAGUCAGGUCCAGGACGAGGAGACUGGUAUUUGGGGACGAAGUCGAACUCAAGAGGUUGGGGAUGUGUGUUAACUUUUCCAGGGACCAGGAUGGGCAAGACACUUUUCCGACUGCAGAGUGA